AUGUCAACCGUCAAUGUGACAAAAGGAAGAUUAUAUGUGGCAGCAGUCAGUGAGUCUCGUCAUUUUGUAUUCUUCCGUCGAAGUUUACGCUGCAGGGAUUAGUCUUCACAUUUCAAGUCUUACCGGUGCAAUUUAUCCUCUGGAAAAUACAGUGAUCUGUGCAGAAACAGAACAGAACAAUGAAGGUGAUGAUAACUGGUGCCUCUGGCUUGGUGGGACAUGCUGUACAGCAUGUGGUCAAAGAACAAGGACCCAAGGAAGGGGAAGAGUGGAUAUUCCUCUCUUCCAAAGAUGCUGACCUCUUGAGCAUGGAGGAGACGCGGGCGGUGUUUGAGAAAUAUAAGCCCACUCAUGUCAUCCACCUGGCUGCCAUGGUGGGAGGUCUGUUCAAGAACAUGAAGUACAACCUGGACUUUCUGAGGAAAAACUACAUCAUGAAUGAUAAUGUGUUGAACACAUCUCUUGAAAUGGGCGUUGAAAAAGUGGUGUCGUGCCUUUCCACCUGCAUCUUUCCUGAUAAAACCACCUACCCUAUCGAUGAGAGAAUGGUCCACAAUGGUCCACCUCACACGUCAAACUUUGGCUACGCGUAUGCAAAAAGACUGAUUGACAUUUUCAACAGGGCGUGUUACGAGCAGCAUAAACGUAAGUACACAGCUGUGAUUCCUACAAAUGUGUUUGGCCCUCAUGACAACUUCAACCUCGAGGACUGUCACGUUCUGCCUGGCCUCAUCCACAAAGCGUACACUGCACAAAAGGAGAAUCAUCCUUUUGUGAUUUGGGGCACUGGAAAACCCAGAAGGCAGUUCAUUUACUCUUUGGACCUGGCUCGCCUCAUUCUCUGGGUUCUGAGGGAUUAUGAUGAAGUUGAGCCCAUUAUACUGUCCGUUGGUGAAGAAGACGAGGUGUCCAUCAAAGAAGCAGCAGAGGCAGUUGUGGAAGUGAUGGGCUUUAAAGGUGAAGUGACUUAUGACACCACUAAAUCAGACGGCCAGUUUAAGAAGACAGCCAGCAAUGAAAAGCUGAAAAAGUACCUUCCGGAGUUCCAGUUCACACCUUUCAAGCAAGCUUUAAAGGAGACCAGUGACUGGUUUAUAGCCAACUACGAAACAGCUCGCAAGUGAACACUCGCUCUUCCGAACGAGAUGGUUCAGAGUCAUUUAUGAUGUCGAGAGGAAACUGUUACUGAACAACUUCUGUCAGUGAUCUGCGUUUGGGGGAAAAAAACAAAAAUGUAAUUUACAUCUUAUUGGA